AAACUUGGUCAGCUGACCACGGCCUACACGUGACCACUUGGAGUCAGCUGAUGUUUCGGGUGACAGGAAGAGACGUCCAAACUCUUCUGUUGCCGUCGGUCUACUCGUCGUUUCGCCGCGUUUAAUUGAUUCUCUUUCCCCCAGACAUGUCUCCAAAGUGAGGCCCCUGAACGCACCAUGAUGCUGGAGGAGAGGAGCUCACUAGAGGUGUGCGUGAUCCCGGAGAACCGGCACUGUGGCGGGGUGACGGACAUCCGGAGAGCCGCGCUGGCUCCCGGAGGCUCUCUGCUCGGCUGUCUGGGACUCCGCGGCCGCCUGGUGGUCUGGAACCCGGCGGACAGAGAGGCGCCUCCGGCCGCAGUAGACGGCUGUUACGCCGACUUCUCCUGGGAGGAGGAGGAGGAAGGGGGCGGAGCCAGCAGUAGCUCCUCCUCCCUGCUGGCUGUUGGCACUCAGGGGGAGGUGACGCUGCUGCGGGUGGAGGCGGAGCCAUCGUCCUCCAUCAGGGUCCUCCGGGUCUCCGGGUGUCCUGCAGAGCGCCUGCUGCAGACAGUCAGAGAGCAGGACCCCGAUGUGCGUGAGCUUCAGUCCGUGCACGUGUUGUCGUUUGCCGCCGGUCGCGGCCGCGUGCUGCUGAACCGUGAUUGGCUGCUGCAGCUGCGGUGGCGGCAGACGGGGGAGGAGCCACAGCCUCAGGAGGAGGAGCCACAGCCUGAGGAGGAGGAGGAGCUGCAGACUGUUUCCUGCUGCAGCAUCCGGCAGAGCGAUGACAGCAGCCGCUCCUCCGUCCACCAUUGUGUCUGUAGUGACUUCCUGUUUGUCCUCAGCGCCACGGGACUCAUCGCUGUGCAUCAUGUCUCUGAUGGCCGUCUGCAGGCCAGCAUCGACCUGCCGGCUUACCUCACGUUCCUCCAGCUUGAGGACAACCUUGUCUCCUCCUCCCCCUCCUCCUCCCUCUGCCCCCCCUCCUCCUCCCCCUCCCCCUCCUUCGCCUCCUCCUCCUCCUUCUGCCUCCUCCAGGUGACCCCUGACCUUAGCACAGUCGUGGCCGUCACUCAGUCUCACACCGCCGUUGCCAUCGACCUCGACCGCUACUUCAGUCUGUAUCCAGACCACCUGCUGUGUGCCGCGGCCCCCCUCCGGCCCCCCAUCCAGAACCCCCUCCGGUUCCAGACCCCCACAGACCAGGACGGCCUGUCCAGCGCCGUCUGCAGUCUCUCCGGCCUCGGGGCACCCUUCAGCGCCGACCGCUCCUGGGAAACUCGUCUGGCCUCCAUGUACAGCAGAGCUCAGAAGUCUGCAGCUCCCUCCUCCUCCUCCUCCUCCUCCUCUUCCUCCUCCUGGUCCUCCUCGCUCCACCCCCCAAGGCCCCCCAGGGCCGGGUCCUCAGCCCACAGCAGGGUCCCUCGUGGCGUGGCGACCGUGACCUUCUCCGCCCCGAAGCAUUCCGCCCCGUCUCUGCUCGCCGUGUCCGAGUUCUCCGCCCAGCUGACCUUCGCCUCCCCUGGGAACCGACGGACCACCGUUGCAUUGUGGGACUUUGAGUCUGGGAGCGUGAGCCACCACGAGGCGCAGGGCGAGGCCGCUCCGGUCCAGCACUGGAGAGAGAGGCAGCACCGACUGCUGUUGAAGGACUCCGGACUCUUCCAGGUCCUGUUCUCCGUGACCCAGCAGGAGCUGCUCAGCAGGCUGAUGUUGUUCGGCAGCGCGGCGACGGUGGACGCCGUCUGCCACCUGAACAGCUGGGGGCGCUGCUCCAUCCCCGUCCAUGCACUGCAGGCGGGUCUGAAGAACCGUCAGCUGGACACGGUGGACUUCUACCUGAAGAGCAAAGAGAAGCUGCUGGUCCCUGAAGCCGAGGAGCCGGAGGCCUCCAGGCGGAGCCUGAGCCACCGCUUCCAGGACCUCUCUCCUGCGUUGGACCUCCUCUGUUCGGCCGUCAGAGACUCUCACAGUGAAGCUCAGAGUCGUCAGUUCUCUGAACAGCUGCUGAACGUCACCACGAGCUUCAUCAACACACAGGUCCGCUCGGUCCUGUCCAACACCCAGCUGGAGGACGAGGGUGUGCGCGGCUGCGUCGACGCUCUGGACCUCUACGUCACCGAGCUGAGGAGCUACAUGAAGAAGUUCCCCUGGCCAGCAGGGGGCGACGCCACCGACUCAGCUGACCGUAUUCAGAAGGAGAAAGAGGAGGAGGAGGAGGAGGAGGCUCAGAGAGACGAAUGGGAGCAGCUGCCGACAGAGGAAGUGGUCCGUCAGUCUGUCCUGACCAAUCAGAUCCCGAGGGCUCAGGCCGUCCUGAGGAGGCGGAGCCGGCCGGAGCAGCGCCUGUCGGCUCUGAGGAUGGAGGGUCUGCGUCAGGUGUUCUGCUGCCUGCAGGACCGAGACCUGCAGACCGCCAGCACGCUGCUCGUCAACAUGGGCUUCAGCGUGAAGGAGCAGCUCCACAGCGUCUGUCUCCACACCGACGACAAGAACCUGCGGCAGUUCGUGGUGGAGGAGCUGUCGGGGCGGAGUCAUUUCCCGGGCGAGGAGCUGCAGAGCGUGGCGUUCAUCAGGGAGAUGGAGAGGCUGGGGUCCCUGCCUGCAGCCCGUCGCCACGCAGAGGCCACGCCUCUCAGGCCAGUCCAGGUCCAGAUGGUCCCCAGGGAGCCGGGUGGAGGCGAUGCGGUUCUGGAGGAGCUGCUGGGUCAGAGGAGGUCUGCGGUGGAGGAGCAGGAGCAGAAAGCCGGGCUCUGGAGGAACCUCCGACUGGACUGGGUGAGGAACUGGGACCCGAGCUGCCAGACCGCCGUCCUGCUGUCCAGACGGCAUCACACAGAGGUGACUUCCUGCGACCCAGCCGUGUUGUGGCGUUACCUGACGGCUCUGCACGACCAGCGCCGGGUGGUGGACUGGAUCCAGGACCAGCAGACCCCCGGGGGGUCCCGGUGGCCCGAGCUGACCCCGGAGCUGGUGGACGACAACACGGCCUGCAGCACCUACAUGAGGGAGCAGAUCCUGGACCUGCUGGCCAGGAGGGGCCUCUUCGUCCCGGAGGAGCUGGCGGACCUGGAUCAGCUGCUGUGGAGGCUGGCUCAGGGUGGGGGGGUGAUGGCCCCGGCCCCCCAGGUCCCUCAGUACCGGUCCCCUCUGGGCCUGGACCUCCACAGCCUCUUCAUCUCCUUCUGUGUGGACCGCGGCCUGCAGUACCUGCUCUACACCUACCUGGAGCACCACAGGUUGACGCCCAGGAACUGUCCCCUGUUGACCAAUCAGAGCCUGUCUGAGAGCCGGCCCUGGUUUGACAUGCUGGUGAAGAUCCAGGAGAUCACCAGAGACCUGUCAGAUCCAGGUCUGGUCUUCCAGGCCAGUUUAACCAGUGCUCAGGUGCUGUUGCCAGGCAACCAGGCGUCUCUGAGCAGCCUGCUGCUGGAGGGCCACAGCCUGUUGGCCCUGGCGGCCAUCAUGUUCGCCCCCGGAGGGAUCAACCAGGUGGUGGUUCAGGGCGAGCGGCCGGGCCGGGCUGAGGGGACGGUAGACCCCCAGCUCCUGAAGAUGGCGCUGGCCCCCCACCCCAAACUGAGGGCUGCCCUGUUCCCCUCCGGGCCCCGGGGAACCGGCCCAUCCUCGGACGUCUCCGUCUACCACCUGCUGCAGUCGCUCCACCCGCUGGACCCCACCCGGCUGUUCGGAUGGCAGGCGGCAAACACCCUCAACUCCACCGAGACUUCUGAGCUGCCUCAUUUCUCCAGCCCUCACCUGGUGGGCCGCUUCGCUCUGGUGGAGAACCUGGACUUCCUGUACUACCUCCGUCACGGCCGACCGUCCUUUGCGUUCGCCACGUUCCUCGUCCAGCAGCUGAGCGUCUGCAGCGACGUCCCACUGCUGCUGCAGCAGGUCUGGCAGCAGACGUACAGUUUGGCCCUCCAGAGUUUUAAUGUCCCGUCUGUGACGUCAGCGUCCGUCUGCUUCUGUGAGCUGCUGGGGGUCAGUAGCCUCAAACUGAGGGUCGACGUCAGAGCCUCGAACGCCAUCAUGCAGCACUGGAGCCAGGACAACACACGGACACUACACACUCUGGUGUCUAAAGCUGAAAAGCUGGCAGAGGCGGAGCCUGGAGCAGCAGAAGAGCUGAUUGGCUACCUGGAAGCUGCAGUGACGGACAGCCUGGAGCAAAAAGGCAUCGGCAGGUCGUCCUACGAGGCGGCUCAGGAGUGGGCGUUGCCUGUUCAGUUCUGUCAGCUCCACCGUCUGCAGCUCAGCUCUGUUUUUCCCGCCCGCUGCGCCGAGGACGGACAGUUCAUCCACUUCCUGUUGUUCGUCCAGCUGCACAGCUUCCCGCCCCCGCAGGUGAGGUCGCUGGCGGCCCGGUUCGGCCCGACCCUGCGGGCCCACCUGAGUCUGGCCUUUCAGGACUUGCAGGCGAGCGGUCCGAGGGGGCGUCGCCCCGUGUCCCCGACCGGGACCCCGGAGCACCCCAGGGAGCUGUUCCAGGUCCUCCUGCAGAGCCAGGAGGAGGCGGAGCCCUGCAGGUACUUGCUGCAGGAGGCGCUGGUGCAACGCUGCCCGACGCUGGCUGUCAUGGCCGCCUGCCAACAGGGGGAGGAGCUUCUGCCGGGCCUCUGCGUGUGGUUGUUGACCUCCGUCGAUGCCGCCGCCUCGGGGGAAGCCGCCGCCCACCUGGCCGACGCCCCCCAGCACCACGAGUGGACGCUGCACGACCUGUCGGUCAUCUGGAGGACGCUGCUGGGGCGGGGCCACGUCAGGCCCCUCCUACGAGGCUUCGAGCUCUUCCAGCGGGACUGCCCCCUGGUUCUGGUGCUGAGGAUGUUUGAGUUGUGCUGCGACUUCAGGAAAUUCUCUGAGGCCAAAGAGAAGCUGCUGGACUUCCAGAGGACGCUGAUCACCCUGAGGAACGGCGGCGCGGCGCCCCCUGGUGGCCUCCCCCUGCAGUGGGUGGAGAGCCAGGCCUCCGUGCUGCUCCUCGCCAUGCUGCGCCGCGCCUCCUCGCCGUACGACCGCCACCGGCUGCUGCAGCUGCUCGCCGGCGUGGACAAGCUGCUCAAGUCCAACGGUCCAGACUUCAGGAAGCUCAGUCAGCUCAGCCAGCUGCUGCAGGGGUCAGAGGUCAGCCUGUCCCCCCGGCUGCUGGAGUGCAGUUCUCCCUCCGUCCAGCAGGAGGAGUUCCAGGCCGCGGUGGACGCUCUGCAGGCCGGGGGGCGCUACGGCCAGGCCCGGCGGGUCGCCCUGCUGGCCGGCCUGCCCGUCCAGCGCCUGCUGCUCAGCCAGCUGCACCAGGAAGCGACCUCCCAGAGGUCCAAGCGCCAGUGGCGCCGGCUGGAGACCCGGGUCGGCCUGUGGCGCCGAUGUCACGAGCGGCUGCGGGCCGAGGGCGCCGACCCGGAGUCGGCCUCCCGGUUCUUCCUGUCUCAGGCCGAGCCGCCGGAGGCCGGGUCCGAUCUGCUGGCGGUGCAGGAGCGCUGCCUGCUGCUCUGCCUCGCCGCUCGCUGGCUGUCGCUGCUCCGCCCGCCGCCCGCCGCCCGGCUGCGGCGCCUGGAGGAGGAGCUGUGGGCCGGCCGGGCGCGGCGCCACGUCCUCGCCGCCGCCGUGGAGGAGCAGAGCGUCUUCAGCCCGCCGCCGCCCGGCGCCACGCCGGAGACCGACCCGUACGCCGCGCUCAUGAAGGAGUUCUCCUUCUCCGACGUGUCGGGCCUGAACACCGACAGCUGCCUCCGGCUGGAGGGGCUCCCCGGGCCCGGCGAGGACCGGGAGGAGCCCGGCACCGCCCCCCCGCUGAGCCCCGAGGAGAGGAGCGCUCUGGCCGCUCUGGUCGGUCAGCUGCUAGAAGAAGGCAGCGUCCACGAAGCCAGCCGGGUCUGCCGCUACUUCUCCCUGUACCACCGGGACGUGUGGCUGGUGCUGCGCUGCAGGGGCGUGGCCUCCGGAGAGCUGGAGCCGGAGCCUCUGGAGGAGGAGGAGGGUCUGCCGAGGAAGAGCAUGACCAGCUCUCCCUCCAUGAGCAGCCUCCUCUCCUUCGUCAUGCUUCCCCUCCCUGAAGACGAGGUCGCCGGCCUCCUCCAGAAGCUGGUGGAUCAGUGUCGGCACGGCAAGAACUACUGCAGACAGGUCCUGGGCCUGUACCAGCUCUCCAAGGAGCUGCAGUGCUCCUUCCUCCAGAUGUGCCGGGAGGAGCCGCGCUCGGCGCUGGAGAAGCUGCUGCUGUCGGAGCAGCCGGAGCGCUUCAGGAAGGCCCGGGCCUUCGUCCGGGCUCAGGGGCUCGGCGCCGACGCCGUGGCCCAGCUGGUGGCCGGCGCCGUGGUCCGGGCGCUGCUGGCCGGCUCCGCCCACGAGCUGCAGCCCGAGAGGCAGGUGUUCCGGCCCUCUGAGGGUCGUGACUCUCUGGUCCAACUCGUCAAACUGUGUGACGACCCGAACCUGGUGGGAGUCAAACUGCUGGAGCACCUCAACGGCGUUCACCUGAGAGACCUGAGCUGCAUCGUGGAGCUGCUGGUCGUGGCUCACGACUGCUUCAGCCUCACCUGUAACAUGGAGGGCAUCGUCAGGGUGCUGCAGGCCGCACGCCACCUGAGCCACGCCUACCUGGCCCCGGGGGAGCACUACGGCCUGUUGGUGCGCCUCCUGACGGGCGUGGGCAGGUACAACGAGAUGACCUACGUGUUUGACCUUCUGCAUCAGAACCAUCGAUUUGAGAUGCUGCUGAGGAAGAAGAUGGAUAUAGACAGAGGACAGACCUCCAGUCUGAAGACCGCCCUGCUGGACUACCUGCGCCGCUGCCUGCCGGCUGACAGUGAGAAGCACAACAUGGUGGCGCUGUGCUUCAGCAUGAGGAGAGAGAUCGGAGAGAACCACGAGAUGGCAGCGCGCACGCAGCUGAAGAUCAUCGAGUCGCAGCCCUGGGUGGUGACUCCUGAUCUGAAGAGCUCUCUGGUCAAAGUGUUGGGUCUGCUGAGAGACGCAGCAGAGAGCUACUCCAAGGACUCGUGUGUGCGUCAGGCCACUCGCUGUGUGAGCUCUGCUAAGCUCGUCUGUCUCCAGCUUCACUUCCUGAAUUCCGGCUCUGAGCUGCGUGUCGUCCACCUGAGAGCCGCCGAGCUGCUGGAGGCCGUCACGGCGUUACCACGGUGCUACCAGGUACAUCCCAUAAUACUACCAUCUACCAGGUACAUCCCAUAAUACUACCGUCUACCAGGUACAUCCCAUAAUACUACCAUCUACCAGGUACAUCCCAUAAUACUACCAUCUACCAGGUACAUCCCAUAAUACUACCGUCUACCAGGUACAUCCCAUAAUACUACCAUCUACCAGGUACAUCCCAUAAUACCACCAUCUACCAGGUACAUCCCAUAAUACUACCAUCUACCAGGUACAUCCCAUAAUACCACCAUCUACCAGGUACAUCCCAUAAUACUACCAUCUACCAGGUACAUCCCAUAAUACUACCGUCUACCAGGUACAUCCCAUAAUACCACCAUCUACCAGGUACAUCCCAUAAUACUACCAUCUACCAGGUACAUCCCAUAAUACUACCAUCUACCAGGUACAUCCCAUAAUACUACCAUCUACCAGGUACAUCCCAUAAUACCUCCGUCUACCAGGUACAUCCCAUAAUACUACCAUCUACCAGGUACAUCCCAUAAUACCACCAUCUACCAGGUACAUCC